GCUGUCAGUUUGUGUAAAAUUGACAAUCUAUCCCGAUUUCUCGCUAUGAUUUUCGUGUAAAAUAAUGAUUAUUUAAAUUGAACUUAGCUUGUAAGGUAGCUUAAUUAAAUUAUAAUUAAAAUGUCUACGCUUAAGAUAUGUAGGAUAUGCCUGCGGACCGGUGCCAAGAUGUACAAGUUCGAUCGAUUCCAGUUGCUAUAUUUUUAUGAACAAGUUAUGUCUCUCAAAGUGAAUGAAAAAGAUGGGCUACCACAAUACUUCUGCUAUGAAUGUGCAUCACUGCUUCAGAAGUUUCAUGAGUUUAAAGAAAAGUGCUUCAGGGGGCUGAUCGCUUUGAAGAAAAUGCUGUGGAAAGGCCAGAUUACAUACAAAGCAGUAGACAAUGUAGACAGAUUGUCUAUCAAACUACUGUCUCCUUACGAUGUUCUUACUGUCUCAAAACGAGUGAAAACCGUUUCAACCAUAGAGAAGCAAGAAAUAGAUGAGAUUAAGGAUGAAGACGAUGACAUAUCACAAAAAGAAGACAACACAGUCUCUGAUAGCGACAGAAGUUAUAGAGACGAGAUAGUAGAAGUUAAGAAGCGUAAAGUGAAGCGGAAAAAAAGCUUAACACCGGACUUUGAAAACGAUGAAGAACAUAUAAAAGAUCAUAAAGAAGAGAGUAAAAGUACUUUCUUUGAUGGUGAUAGUGACAAAGAAGAAGAAAAAGUUAAAAGCCAUAAAACUAAAUCGAAAAGCCGAAAAAGUUUAAUAGACAAAGAUAGAGAAAAGCCAUUAAGAGAUAGGGAAGCUAAACGUAAGAAGAAAUCGUUUUACGAAAGCGAUUUGGAGGAAGAUUUUACAACGGAAUGUAAAGUUAAGAGCCGAGAGAGUUCUGUGUCAGACUUUGGUGAUAUCACACUGAUAGAUAACGAACCUGCAAUAUACGUUGAAGAGAAGCCGAUGCAUAGUGACACAGAGCUGGAUAUAACGUUCGAAGAUGGCAGCAAACCGAGCAGCUCAACUACAAUAUUUGUGGAUGAGAAGAAAGAAAUUCCGCCUAAGAAAGAGUCAAAGGAAAAAGUUAAAGGUACAAAAGGUCCAAAGAAGACCAAAUGGAAUGCUAAGAAUAAGGUGUUGGAAUCAGGUAAUUGGAAGAAGUAUAGUUUGACGGAGCAAGAGGCUUUAGAGCAGUUCCGAGCAAAGGCAGUUGAUCCGAAAUAUAUUGCAGCUCCGUUCAAAUGUGCGGACUGUUUCAAGGGUUUCUCGAAGGAGGAGAUAUUGAAGAGGCACAGGCGUUUGCAUGAUGCGGCGAUCGGCAACUUCGAGUGUCGCUUCUGCCGCAUGCGGUUCAAGAUCGACUGUCGCUUGCGCAAGCAUAUGCGCGCUCAUUAUACCAAGUACGAGUGUCUGCGGUGCAACCUCAUCUGCCCUAUCGAACUAACGGCAUUGCUUCACGAAGAACUGCACAACGGUGUCGUGAAGAAAUGUGAACAGUGCAACGAAGAGUUCAGGCAUAGGUCAACAUACUACACGCAUAUGCGCACACAUCGUAGCGAGCACGUGUGCACGCUAUGCGGCGCGUCGUUCGUCAGCCCGGCCGGCCUGCACCAGCACAAGAAGAAGAAGCACUUCGACAGCGAGCCUGAAGGCGGCGGCGAAGACGAAAAGCAGACGUACUGCAAAAAGUGCGAUAUUCGCUUCGAAACGCGCGCGGCUUACACCGAACAUCUGUUCCACUCCGCUAUGCACACUGAGGGGAUGGAGGAUGAAAUACGCGACGAGUCGUGUGCUCUAAGAAAAGUCAUCGGAAAAAUGUCGAAAGCCAAGAUAGCGAAUGAACUACGAAAAAGACAAUCUGAAGACCAACCACUACCUCGAAUCAAACUCAAUACAAGGAAAGGGAGAAGAAUUUUCAAGAAGCCUACGGACUGUUAUCAGUGCGGCAAACACUUCGAGACGCAGGACGCGUGCCUGCGGCACCACCGCGAGGAGCACCCGCGAACGUCCUUCUACCCGCCCUCCGACCGACAGAUCUGCGAGAUUUGUGGCGCCUCGCUCUCGCGAAGCACAGUGGCGAUGCACCUUAACAUGCACACUCGCGAGACGCUAUACUCGUGCGACGUGUGCGGGCGCACUUUCCAUUCUAAGGGCGGACUGAAGAGGCACAUGGUGACGCACACGGGUGAGAAGCGCUACGCCUGCCGACUGUGCGAGAAACGCUUCACGCAGAGCGGUAGCCUCAGUCUGCACUACCGCACCUUCCAUCUGAAGCAGCCCUACCCUCCGAGGAACAGAAGAAAAGAAAUCGAGAAGCCGAGCGCAGACGCAGCGAACUUCCUAGGUUUUUACGGCAAAGAAGAAUAUUAAAUAGGACUCCUUCUCUUUAAUGACAUUUUACUAGUUAAAAUUUUGUAGCUAAAUAUUUACUAGUGAACAAUGCUGUGGAUUUGCAUAUUUUAUUAGGACUUAUCGCGUGUAAAUAAAUAGGUAAAUUAGUUUUUUAAUAACUUUUUAUAAUAAUAAGGUCCUAUAUCAUUAUUUAGGAUCAUUUGAAAGCGAUAAAGGGUUUAUUUUUCUACAAUGUCUUCUCGCACUCAACAUAUUGACAAAAAGGUAAUUUAUCCCUGCUAAAGUCACGAAAAAAUAUGAAUCACGCUACAGACUAAAGCCCAGCCAGCCCAGUGAGCACGUAGAAUUUUGUCCAAUGACCCCAAGCUACCCCUCCUUAUCGCUC